CCGCUCCUGCGCUCAACGGAGGAUAGAAAGACCCCUGGAGGCCGCGCGCGCGACUCUUAACCUAACGAAUAAAGUAGGUCGAUUGAAAGACCCUGAGAGAGAUGAGCGUGCCGCGGAAAUAGGGGCGGCGGCAGCACUUACUUUAAGUCCUGGUUCUCCGGCGUCGAGGACCUCGGCGGAGAAGCGAUGUCGAACACCAUGAGAUCGGGGAGAAAGAAUCUGAGAAGAGCAUCCCAAGAGGAAGGGCUCUCUCUGCAAGAAGGGCAGAGCAUCAUGCAGGUCGUGUCCCUUAGGGGUUCCAACGUCAUCGAGGUUAUGGAUGCCAAAGCCGUUAAAUCUCUGGCUCUAUUCCCAGCCAAAUUCCAGAGGAGCUUUUGGAUUAAAAAAGGAAAUUUUGUUGUGGUAGAUGAAAGUGGGAGGGAGAAGGCCCUUGAAUCAGGUAGCAAGAUAGUGUGUAUGGUUUCACGAGUUCUUUUUCAUGACCAAGUUCGCAAGCUUGAAAAAUCUCCAGAAUGGCCUGCCAUCUUCAGAACUACAAUGGUGGAUGAUUCAAUAUCCCACGUACAAAGACCAACAUCUGGGGGUGAAGAGGGAUCAAAUUCUGACGAUGAUGAUAGCCUCCCACCACUUGAAGCAAAUUUGAACAGGAAUAGGCCUGUUGAGCUGUACUCAGAUUCUGAUAGCAGUUCAGAUCGCGAUCAUGGUUCUUAGGACACCAUAUAUUAGUUGAAGGGAUGGUCUCCAGUGCUGAACUGGGAAAUCUGCAGCCCAUUUUAACUCUGAAGACAGCUUCGCGGUUGCAUGUAUUCUUUGUAUCAGACAGCAGCAUUGGUAGGAAGUUAGUUUAAAGGAUGAUGCAUUCACACAGCUCUUGAUGGCCUAGAAGGGGCAAAAGGGUCGUCAUUGAACUGAAGCGAGUUUCGAAUAUACACGAAUAGAUUGUUGCCCAAGUAUUUUUCUGUUGGAUUCUGGCUGGUUACACACAGCACUGUCAUCAAACUAUGUAGUCAAACUAUUGUAUGAGCUGACGUCCUCAUAAAUUAUCCAAUCAGUUAACUCUUUUCCUAUAAAAAGUCGAAUUCUUAAAGUUUAA